AUGUCUGAUCUCCGCCGUCGCGCGGUCAAGGAGACUCCACGCGAUGAAAAUAACGACGACACGAAACCGCCGGCUCGAGGCGAAUCCGAGACGAAAGCAAAGUCGAAAAAACAUCACGGCGUUAAUAGCCACGAUAAAGAAGACAAAACCCCUACAUUGAGCCCAAUCGCUAGACUCAAGAAAUAUCUAGCCAACCCCCGUGGAAAGCGUCGGAAUAGUUUCGUUUUUCUACUCGGUGGACUGUUUGGCAUAUUCAUUGCGCUGUUCUUUGCGAAUCAGAAUGAGGUUAUUAGUCUUGAUGCGCUGAUGGAUCUCAAUCUUGAUUCUUUGAUUGAUGUUAUUCCUACUGGGAUUUUGAGUGAUGCCAAAGAAUUUACGAAACAUGAACGCGAUACAGUUAGCUAUGACUCUUUUUCUGUUGGUCUACAGCUCAAGUCCGAAGGCAUCCAAGCCAAGCACCCCGUCGUCAUGAUUCCCGGCGUUAUAUCUACCGGUCUCGAGAGCUGGGGCACCGAUACCGAGUCUAGGCAAUAUUUCCGAAAGAGAUUAUGGGGUAGUUGGAGUAUGAUGCGAGCGCUGGUUAUGGACAAAGCAUCUUGGAAGAAUCAUAUCAUGCUUGAUAGAGAGACGGGCUUGGAUCCCCCGAACAUCAAGUUAAGAGCGGCGCAGGGGUUUGAUGCAACCGAUUUCUUCAUCACAGGUUAUUGGAUAUGGAAUAAGAUUCUGGAAAACCUAGCGACCAUUGGAUAUGACCCGACGAACGCAUUCUCCGCUGCGUAUGAUUGGCGCUUGUCGUAUAUGAACCUCGAAACCCGCGACCAAUAUUUCAGUCGUCUCCAGUCACACAUCGAGAUGACGGUGAAUACCAAGGGGGAGAAGAUCACAUUGGUCUCGCACAGCAUGGGUUCUCAGGUCGUCAUGCACUUCUUCAAAUGGGUAGAGAACGAACAGCAUGGCAACGGCGGCAAAGACUGGGUGAACCGUCACAUCGAUUCCUGGGUGAAUAUCAGCGGCUGCAUGCUCGGCGCCGUAAAAGGGCUGACAGCCUUACUUUCCGGCGAAAUGCGAGACACCGCACAACUCAACGCCUUUGCCGUCUACGGUCUUGAGCGAUUCUUAUCAAAGGAAGAACGAGCAGAAAUCUUCCGCGCAAUGCCCGGUAUAUCAAGCAUGCUACCAAAGGGCGGCGACGCAGUCUGGGGAAACGAGACAUGGGCACCGGACGAUCAACCAAACACCACCUUGAGUUACGGCAACCUUAUUCGCUUCCGCGAGACAAACUCGUCCUGGACAAGCCGCAAUCUCACCAUGGAAAACAGCCUGACGUACCUCUUCAAUCAAAGCGAGGACUGGUACCGCAACCAAGUUGCCCACAACUACUCUCAGGGCGUGGCGCACACUCGCGCAGAGGUGGAAGCAAACGAGCAUGAUCCUCGCAAAUGGCUGAAUCCGCUUGAGUCUCGUCUGCCGCUAGCACCAGACAUGAAAAUCUAUUGCUUUUAUGGAGUCGGCAAACCCACCGAACGCGCCUAUUUCUACCAAGAAGAGAACGACCCUUUGACCAGGCUCAACGUCUCAAUCGACACAACCGUCACCGAACCCGACGGCGGGCCCGACCACGGCGUCGUAAUGGGCGAAGGAGACGGAACCGUCAGUCUGCUAAGUAUGGGAUACAUGUGUUCCCACGGCUGGCGGAUGAAACGCUAUAACCCAUCCGGCAUCAAGAUCACUGUUCAUGAAAUGUUACAUGAACCGGACAGCUUCUCAACGAGGGGGGGACCCAAUACCGCUGAUCAUGUUGAUAUUUUGGGCCGAGCUUCGUUGAAUGAUUUGUUGCUCAGGGUUGCGGGCGGGAAGGGCGAUAUGAUUAAGGAUCAUUACGUUUCGAAUAUUAGGGAGUAUGCGGAGAGGGUUAAGAUUUAUGAUGAUGAUGAUGAUGAUUGA